AUGCACGGCACAACUGACACCUGCCGUAUUAAUGAUCAAACUCUUACUGAUGAUCAAGUUGAAUUCAUCUCCUUAAACUUACCGUCCAGUUGCACAUCACUGAGUUUAUCUCGUACCGAACUAACGGAAACUGGUAUCAGUUAUCUAGCAACAACUCUCCUGUUACGUGGUAAUAGUAAUAAAUCGAAUUUAAAAUUUCUUUCUCUAUAUAGUACAAAAUUGACAGAUGAAGGAGUCCGGCUUCUGUGUCGGGCAUUGAUCGAUGGUCAAAAUACGAAACUUCAAUACUUAUACAUACAAUCGAAUGAAACAAUUACAGAAGUUGGUGCACAUGAAAUAGCACAGAUGCUGGAAGUGAAUCAAGGUUUGGAGAUGUUAGAUCUGAGUUAUACUUCGAUUGCUCGUCAAGGUGUAUUUGAAGUGUGUAAAAUCGUUGGAGAUGAAGAAGAAUGUGACAUUGAAGUGUUUGGAUAUUAG